AUGGGAGUGAAAGAGAUAGAAGAAGGAAGAUAUGGAAGAGUAGAUAUAGUAAGUCCUGAUCCUUUGAAAAUAACAUGUAAAAGGGGAACUAAAAAGCAUAGGAAGGAAGGCGUGGGAGAUAAAGAUAAGCCCAGAAAGUUAUACAAGAACAAAUCAAAAGUUAAGCUGGUCAAAUGUGUUUCAAUGUGGAAGAAUCCGACUAGCCAGAUCAUUCCGCUAGAGAUGAGGGUUGCUCAUGACAGAUUCAGAAGUAUUCAACCAGAGAUAAAUCUUGGGAGGUUUGGAGAGUUAAAGUCUUCACUAGAUAGUGCAGAGGGUCUGUAUUCCCAAGAGACCAAAAAAAAAGCCAUUAAAAAGGAGAGAAUAGAAGAAACAAAAAGGACAGAUAAAAGCCAACUUCAAGAAUAA